AAUUAAAUGUGACUGAUCAACAGGACAACAAUGAACAUCUGUUCCACUUGUGUGAUUCAUUCGUCAGGAUUUCUGAGUGUGUAUGUGGGCUUCUAAAAAAAAAAAAAAAAAAGAAGAAUAAAGAGAAACAAAAACCAAAAAACCGCUGAAAUAAUUAAAUCAAUUUGGGAGAAAUAAAUUAUUAGCGCAUGAUCUAAUCUCUCCUUUAACUCCCUUUCUCCCUCCCUCUCUCUUCACUCCCCCCACCUCCUCCUUCCCUCUGGUUUCCAUUCAGUCUGUUGAGGCAGCAGCAGCAGUAGCAGCAGUCUUGUUUGUGGAUCACUGGCUAGAGGACAGUAGCAGCAGCAGCAGCAGCAGGAACAGGGACAGGGACAGGGACAGGAGGAUACAUCCCAGACCAAGCUGCCCGAGCCAACAUGGUCGCUGUGAGAAUCGUGGCUUGCCUGUGUCUUCUGGCGGGCGUCUCGCUCCAGGUGGACGUGAAAAGUGGGAAAGAGCCAGGGAAAGCUGGGAAUUUCAUGGAAGACGAGCAAUGGCUGUCAACCAUCUCCCAGUACAGCCGUAAGAUCAAGCACUGGAAUCGCUUCAGAGACGAUGAUUACAUCAAAAACACGGAGGAGAACACCGGGUCUGAUGAAACAGUCGACACCACCAAGGACCCGUGCCAGAAUGUGAAGUGCAGCCGCCAUAAGGUGUGCGUCGCUCAGGGCUACCAGAGGGCCAUGUGUGUCAAUCGCAAGAAACUGGAGCACAGAGUCAAACAGUCGGGGCAGCCGGACGCCCACGAAAACACCUGCAAGCCUUGUCCCGUGGCCGCCUCCUCACCUGUGUGCGGCUCCGAUGGACACAACUACGCUUCCCAGUGUAAGCUGGAGCAGCAGGGUUGCCUCACGGGCAAAGAGUUGAGCAUCAUGUGUUCUGGAUUCUGCCCCUGCGCCACAGCCUCCGUCAGCGUCACGAACACCGACACGAAACGUGAGAGCUGCACCGGCCAGGACCUGGCAGACCUGGGAGACCGCCUGAGAGACUGGUUCCAACUCCUUCAUGGAAACGCGAAGCAGAAUAACUCUGGCAAGCCUGGAGCUGGCACCGCUUCGGUUUUGGACAAGAGCCUGGUCGCUAGCUGCAAGGACUCCAUCGGGUGGAUGUUCUCGAAGCUGGACACCAACAACGAUCUGUAUUUGGACCAGGCCGAGCUGGCUGCCAUCAACCUGGACAAGUACGAGGUCUGCAUCCGACCCUUCUUCAACUCCUGCGACAGCUACAAGGAUGGAAAGGUCUCCACGGCGGAGUGGUGCCUCUGCUUCUGGAGAGAAAAGCCGCCGUGCCUCGCCGAGCUGGAACGGAUCCAAGUGCAGGAGGCGGCCAAGAAGAAGCCCGGGAUGUACAUUCCCAGCUGCGAUGAGGACGGCUACUACAGGAAAGUGCAGUGUGACCAGAGCCGAGGAGAGUGCUGGUGCGUCGACCAGCAUGGUGGAGAGAUGAUGGGCACCAGAAUCCAUGGCAACCCGGACUGCGAUGAAGUUGCCGGCUACUCUGGAGAUUUUGGGAGCGGAGUCGGGUGGGAAGACGAGGAGGAGGAGAAGGAGGCGGAGGACAAUGGGGAGGAGGCGGAAGAGGAGGAAGAGGAGGAGGCUGAGGCAGACGAUGGAGGAUACAUCUGGUAGAACUGUCUGACCCCACGCAGAGAGCACAGCUGCUGACCUGCUAAUCUACAGGGAUGGCUCUCUUCUUAAGGCAAAGGAUUUUGGGAUCGGACCGGGGAGGCAUGGGAGUUGUCCUGGUGGGAUAUGUAGUGCUGGGCAGGUCCAGUGUUGAGGUGAUGACCAGUUUAUUUUUAUUUUUGUCUUAGAUAUGUGUAAUUGCUUCAUUCUACUCUCUGUUUUUUGAGCAACAGAGCUUUUUGAUUUGCUGUCCUGAAAAGUGGGACCCACUGAUUACUGCGCCAUAGGUAGCUAAAGUCCAUCAGAGUUCCUAUCUUGUACGACCGCCAUCUAUGCAUAUAGAGAUUACCAGUAAUUUUGUAUUUGUGUGAACAGUUGCUUGAGUAUUAGAGCUUCCCUCCCACUGGAAAUAACAAGAAAUCUGAGUUUAAACAAAAUGUCCGACAUUUUGGCAAAUAGGUUUAUUUGCUUUCUUACAGAGAAAGCCGGGGAAUGGUUAGCUUAGCUCCAUUGAGAAUUAGAAAACAGUUGCAUCGCAAAACCUCAAACGCUCACUAUCUUCAAAAAAAAACCUGAAUUUUCACCGUAUGCCUCCAACAACUAGGCGACAACUUUCAUUUUUAUCUGUUCAGACGUGUUGUGUGACCCACCAGAUUCUAGCUUGUGCCAAGGUCCCUUAAGGCAGGUGUCAGGCCAAGGAUCCCCAAACUGAUGGAGAGACUAAGUGGGGACCCCCUACGUAUUAUAUGUGUUCUAUAUUAAAUUCGACCCAGUGUUAUUUAUAAAAUUUACAUUAUUAUUAUUAUCAUUUUGCAUUCAAUAUUA